AUGAAGGCUUUGAUUUAUGAUAAAAUCAAUCAUGUUGAAAUGUCAACGCUCUUGGAAUGUGAGAGUGAUUCAGUUUCAUUCAUGAUGCAUCUACAGCCCCUCAAGCAGCUAGCCCCAAAAGACUGGUAUCGCACAAUGCAAGACUUCCUAGAGCAGUUAAAAGUUUACGGUGUGGGCCGACGAAAACUAGACGACGAAUUUUUCACUGGGGAAUUUCCAUGCAAAGUAUACGGAAUAUAUGAUAUUGAUGAUGAAGAACUAUGUCAUGAAAUAAUCUCAUCUUCCUGCACCGUCCCUGGCUGUACAUAUACCACAGACUCAUUAUUAGAUUUCGAAAACCACUACAAUGCCAGCCAUAGAUACUCGUGUAACGAUUGUAAGAAGAUUCUUCCAUCGCCACAUUUAUUGGAUUUGCAUAUUCAAGAAACGCACGACUCCUUUUUCGCUGUUAGCGCUUUAAGAAAACCGUCGUACUGUUGCUACAUUGAGGAAUGUAAAGAAAAAUUCCAGAAUCCAGAAGAAAGACUUGAUCAUUGUAUGAAGAUUCACAAAAUGCCUAAAGAUUUUAGAUUCGACCAGAAACCUAAGAAAUUAAAAAGCAAUAGUAAAGAUAAUAAGAAAAAAGAUUUUACAUUUAGUAAUAGCAAAGUGAAAAGCUUUAAAUACACAGGGAGAAAGUUUACUACGGAUAAGAGGCAAACAACAUCUGAUAAUAUGGAUAUAGCCAUGAACAGUUUAAAAGAAAGUUUACCAGAAUAA